UUUAACACUGCCACUUGGAGAAUUGUAGAUUUGUAGCAGUAGUUGUGAGAGAGAAGCUAAAAACUUGAAAAGGGACUAAAAUUCUAAAACCCCAUUUUCAUAUUCUUUUUUUUUUUUUUUGAAAAGAAAAACCCAAAAUUUAACCCAAACCCUACAAAUUAUUCACCCUUCUUAUCGAAAGCUGUAACUUUUUCUCUCUCUCAGAACCAUGGAAACUUCAACAACUUUCCCGGAAAAUUCAAACGCCGCCACCGGUAUCCGGGAUGGUGAUGAAGGCGAUGAAGAGAUGAGAGUGAAAGCUGAAGAGGGUGACCAGCACUCAACAGGGAACAGGUGGCCAAAGCAAGAGACUUUAGCUUUGUUGAAGAUAAGGUCUGAUAUGGAUGUUGCAUUUAAAGACUCUGGUCUUAAAGCUCCUCUAUGGGAAGAGGUUUCAAAGAAAUUGAAUGAGCUUGGGUAUAACAGAAGUGCCAAGAAAUGCAAAGAGAAGUUUGAGAAUAUUUACAAGUAUCAUAGAAGAACCAAGGAAGGCCGGUCCGGUAGGCCAAAUGGCAAGACAUAUAGGUUUUUUGAACAAUUACAAGCUUUAGAUAACACUGAGGUAUUACUGCCACCUCCAUCGUCAGAUAAAGUUCAUACUUCUAUGGCCGCAGCCUUGGUGAACCCAGUAAGUUUCAUUCCAAAUGCUGUUCCUUGUUCUAUCCAAAGCCCUGGUAUGAAUUUUGUCGACACCACCUCUACUUCAACUGCAUCUACUUCAAGUGAAGAAGAGGAAGGAACGAGAAAGAAGAAGCAGAAAUUAACAGGUUUUUUUGAGAGGUUGAUGAAGGAAGUGAUUGAGAAGCAAGAGAAUUUGCAAAAUAAGUUUCUAGAAGCAAUAGAGAAAUGCGAGCAAGAAAGGAUAGCUAGAGAAGAAGCAUGGAAGAUGCAAGAAUUGGAUAGGAUUAAGAGAGAAAGGGAGCUUUUAGUUCGAGAAAGAGCGAUUGCAGCUGCAAAAGAUGCAGCCGUGCUUGCAUUCUUACAGAAGUUCUCUGAGCAAGGUAUCUCGGUGCAAUUGCCUGACAAUCCUAUAGUUCCGAUGAAAUUUCCUGACAAUCAAACAGUUCCAGUGCCAUCGUCUGCUCCAGUGCAAUUGCCCAAGAACCAAGCAGUUCCAGUGGAGAAUAUUGUGAAGACUCGUGAAAAUAGCAGUAUUGAGAGUUUUGUUAAUAUUAGCCCAUCAAGAUGGCCUAAAGAAGAAAUUGAAGCUUUGAUCGGGCUAAGAACUAAGCUUGAAUUCCAGUAUGAAGAAAAUGGACCAAAAGGGCCACUGUGGGAGGAGAUAUCAGCUUCAAUGAAAAAGCUUGGUUAUGAUAGGAGUGCAAAGAGAUGCAAAGAGAAAUGGGAGAAUAUGAACAAGUACUUCAAGAGGGUGAAGGAGAGCAAUAAAAGAAGACCUGGGGAUUCAAAAACUUGUCCUUAUUUCCAACAGCUUGAUGCUCUAUACAGAGAGAAGAAUAGGAGGGUUGAUGGUUCAGGUUUUGAGUUGAAGCCUGAAGAACUUUUAAUGCAUAUGAUGGGUGGCCAAGGAGAUCAACAACAGCCGGAAUCUGCCACCACAGAAGACAGAGAAAGUGAAAAUAUUGAUCAGAAUCAAGAAAACUACAGAGACAAGGAAGACGGGGACGGCGAUCGAAUUGUAGCUAAUGAUCCUUCUUCAAUGGAAAUUAUGGAGUGAAUUUGACAAAAUUAUAUUUCUUUUCUACAGUUGAACUUAGUGUGCCUCAUUUUGAGAUGUGGAGGAAAGUCAUUAUGGAGUUCGAUUACUCGAAUCGGGGUUUCGAAGGCCUCAUCACGAACCAAAUGGGAAGGCAUCUCAUGGAAAGCGGCAUCUUUGCAUAUGUAUAUGGUCAUCGUUUGUUGAAUAAACAUGUCAAGAGAGAGAGGUUGGGAUUAGAAGUAGGUUAAUGUGUACUAAUAUAGUUUACACUUUACUUUUUUAGAUUUUGAAAGGUCACACACAUGUGUGUAAAAGUGGGAAAAUGUUUGUUUAUUUUUGUAUCAAUCAAUGUUUACAUAAGCAAUGCAG